GCUGCAGCAUUGUACACAGAGACCUCUUAAAGUUUUGGAGAGAGUUUGUGGUCAGUGCUGUGUUGCUAAGCCAGCCCCCGGCUCACAUUACACACUAUUUAUAUCCUCUGCAAGCUGUUUCCCCCUUAAAGCAGCUUCAUGGGACCACCUUCUGCUGUCUUUAACCUCUCCUACUCUUGACAUCUGAGUAGCUCACAGAGAGCAGCUCAUCUGGGUCAGUGUAGAAGGUUUAAGCCUAGGAGAGCAGCCACCACUGAGCUGAAGACCUGGAUUAUCUGAUCGGUGCUCCCGUUACUACUUGGAGGGGGGGAGAGGAAAAAAAAAAAAAGCCUAUAUCAUUUUACAGUGAAAAGUGACAGCCGUGUGGAGUUUAAUCCUUUUUUCGCAAACUCUCCCGUUGAAACUUCGCAUGCCAUGGAACACACGUUGUUCGGCUGCCUGCGCAGCCCGCACGCCACCUCGCAAGGCUUGCACCCCUUUUCCCAGUCGUCCCUGGCCCUGCACGGAAGAUCCGACCACAUGUCCUACCCCGACCUCUCCACGUCUUCGUCGUCUUGCAUCAUCACCGGCUACCCCAACGAGGAGGGCAUGUUUGGUAGCCAGCACCACCGAGGCCACCACCACCACCACCACCAUCAUCACCACCAGCAACAGCAGCACCAGAGCUUGCAAUCCAACUGGCACAUUCCUCAGAUGUCUUCCCCUCUGGCCUCCCCCAGGCAUAGCCUCUGCCUCCAGCAGGAUUCGGGACCCCCAGAACUAGGGAACAGCCCCUCUAUUUUGUGUUCGAACGCCUCUAACUUGGGCAGUAACAGCUCUUCUGGUUCGGCUUGCGCAAGCGGGGACUAUGGCAGGCAGACGCUCUCCCCUUCCGACAUGGACAAGAGGACGGCCAAAAGGAAAAGUGACAGCUCAGAUUCCCAGGAGGGAAGCUACAAAUCCGAUGUAAACAGUAAACCUCGGAAAGAGCGGACGGCAUUUACCAAAGAGCAGAUCAGGGAACUGGAGGCCGAGUUUGCCCACCACAACUACCUGACGAGGUUGAGGCGAUAUGAAAUAGCCGUAAACCUGGAUCUCACGGAAAGACAGGUAAAAGUUUGGUUUCAGAAUCGCAGGAUGAAAUGGAAGAGAGUGAAAGGCGGACAGCAGGGAGCUGCGGCCAGAGAGAAGGAACUAGUCAAUGUGAAAAAGGGAACUCUACUACCUUCCGAGCUCUCCGGCAUUGGCGCCGCGGGCCUCCAACACACAGCUGACUCACUAGCCAACGAUGAUAGCCGCGAUAGCGAUCAGAGCUCUGAACAUGCUCACUUGUGAUUUUUUUUUCUUUUUUUUUUAACGUAAAGUGACUUUCAAACCAGAUUUGUUCUCAGGAAAGACAAAUAACACGGCGAAGACCGGCUCGGAGAUUUUCAGGAUCUGACCUGAACGUUUUUCUGCAAGGAAGACUUCCUUUAAAGACUACACUAUGGUCUUACUCUUGAAUUGUUAAGGUUAUGACGAGGAAAAGGGUUGGGACAAGGACAAAAAAAAAAAAAAGAGGCAGAAAAUGCUCAAGGCAGAAGAAAGAUUUCAUUUGAAUCCUAAAGGUCUUAAAGGGAUUGUCUACCUCCAGUAGAUAUUAUUCUAUUGGCUUGUGUAACUGUUGUAGUCCACCAACCUUCCAUAUUUCCUCCCAACCCUCCUUCUCAAGUUCUCCUCAUUGAAAUCUGCCAACUCUACUAUUAUAGAACACAUUUUUUUUGGAUGCAGAAGUAGGGAUGUUUGGUUAUGUUUUCUCUAUGAUACUAGCCCGGUGGGACAGUUAGGUGGGUCUGUGAUAGGCUGAGCCAUCCCUUGGCUUGACACUCCAACAGUGAGAUAUGUUUGUGGUCAUUUCCAACCCUGUUUCUGUCUACAUGUGAGGUUUCGGGUGUUCCUGCCCACUCUUAUGUUCCAGCUUAUCCUCUUACAUUCACUAUAAUAGGGGUGACCUCAGUUAUGGUCAGAGGCAUAUCCUCAAUGUGCACAGAUUGAGGUCAUCAGAUGCUGCCCAUGGUCUAUGCUUGACCCCCUUUAAUUGCAGAGCCUGUAGAGGGGGGUACUCUGAUGAGACCCUGAUGUGAGGAGAAGUAUGAUGGGGACCCUGCUAAAAGGGUGGACUCUGACUGGGUCCCUGCUGUAAGGGGGGAGUUUGACAGGUAACCCUGAUAUAAGGAGGGGCUCUAAUGGGGACCCUAAUGUAAACAGGGACUUUGAGGUGGACCCUGAUGUAAGGAAGACUAUGAUGCUUUAAGGGAAGACUCUGAUGAGGUCUCUGACGUAAGGGGGUUCCCUAAUGUAAGGGAGACUAUGAUGGGGACCCUGCUGUAAGGGGGGACUCUGAUGGGAACUCAAUGUCAAGGGGAAUAUGAUGGGCACCCUGCUGUAUGGAUGGACUCUGACUGGUUCCCUGAUGUAAGGAGGGUUAUGAUGCUUUAAGGGAAGACACUGACAAGGACUCUGGUGUAAGGGGGUUGCCUAAUGUAAGGGAGACUAUAAUGGGGACCCUACUGUAAGGGGGACUCUGAUGGGAACCCCAAUGUAAAGGGGAAUAUGAUGGGGACACUGCUAUAUGGGUGGACUCUGACUGGGUCCUUGAUGUAAGGAGGGAUAUGAUGCUUUAAGGGAAGACUCUGAUGAGGUCUCUGACGUAAGGGGGUUCCCUAAUGUAAGGGAGACUAUGAUGGGGACCCUACUGUUAGGGGGACUCUGAUUGGAACCCCAAUAUAAAGGGGAAUUGGAUGGGGACCCUGCUGUAUGGGUGGACUCUGACUGGGUCCCUGAUGUAAGGAAGGCUAUGAUGCUGUAAGGGAAGACUCUGACAAGGACUCUGGUGUAAGGGGGUUCCCUAAUGUAAGGAAGACUAUGAUGGGGACCCCCUUGUAAGGGGGACUCUGAUGGGAACCCCAAUGUAAAAGGGAAUAUGAUGGAAACCCUGCUGUAAGAGGGGACUCAGAUGGGAUCCCCAAUAUAAAGAGGAAUAUGAUGGGGAUCCUGCUGUAUGGGUGGACUCUGACUGGGUCCCUGAUGUAAGGAGGGUUAUGAUGCUUUAAGGGAAGACUCUGAUGAGGUCUCUGACGUAAGGGGGUUCCCUAAUGUAAGGGAGACUAUGAUGGGGACCCUACUGUUAGGGGGACUCUGAUUGGAACCCCAAUGUAAAGGGGAAUUGGAUGGGGACCCUGCUGUAUGGGUGGACUCUGACUGGGUCCCUGAUGUAAGGAAGGCUAUGAUGCUGUAAGGGUAGACUCUGACAAGGACUGUAAGGGAGUUCCCUAAUGAAAUGGAGACUAUGAUGGGGACCCUACUGUAAGUGGGGUUCUAAUGGGAACCCUGAUGUAAGAGUUGACUGUUGUGGUGUUGUGGGGGCUCUAAUAGGGACCCUGAUGUAAGAGGGAUUCUGAUGGGGAUUUUUAUUGCCCACAAAUAUCUGCAAAACCUACAAUAUGGCCUUCAUGAGGAAAAGUUUGGAGAACCCUGCACUAUAAUAUAAAACAAAUAAAAAAUAUGCAGCUAGCAUGGCAGGAGCCCCUUGUAAUGGCCACAACUGGUGUACAAAUCUGGGAACCCAUCAAACAACCUAGAAAGAUAAAAAAAACUCUCAGUGUACCUCUCCAACAUUUGCCAAAAACGUACAAACAUUUUGGGUGGACUGGGCCUCCUGAGGCCCAUACACACGAUCGGAUUUUCUGACAACA